AUGUCCCUCCUUGCAGCUUUGCUCAGUCUUUCGACAUGCCUAGGGAACAGUGUUCUCGGUGCCUUUCUCGGCUCCUGGCUCAGCAUUCGUUUCUGGGAUCCGUUAUUGAAGCGCCCAGCCCACACUCCCGACACUGGGGGACUCACGCUAAAGGACCUCAACCAGCUACGCCUCAAGAAGCUGUUCCUGGCAGUUGAGCGAGUACAAUUUGAGUCAAUCGCCAUUACGGGAGGCGCUAAUCUCAGGAUCGGGGUCUACGAUCUUCCACUGCGUGCGGACGAACAGAUUGAAGGAGAUGAUUAUGACCACCAAAUAUUCUUCAAGCCCUCGUGCAACGUACUCGACACCGUGAAUAGCAUGACGAAAUACACCAUCGGACACUCAGAUCAGCUGUGGUAUGGCAAUGAGCCGCACGAUGCCUGCAGUAACGUUACUGCUUAUUUUGCGAGUCUCAACCGCAAACGAGGAAGGGGAUCGUCCGCGCUGGCUCACCUAUCCGGCUGGAAAAUGAGUGCAAUUCGCGACGACCAACUGGACCCAGACACUUUGUGGGGGAAAUACUGGCCCUAUGCACAAUUAAAUGACGCGGUUGGACUCCAAUCCUUUGGCUAUUGUUGGACCCGGGUCGGCGACGGACGCUCGCACAUUGUCUUUACCAUGUGCCACGAUCUUGUCCCAGAAGAAGACGUACUCUACCGUCGAGAACUGCUAGCGAUUCUUGGAUUCAUGCUCACAAGAAUGAAGUCUCCCUACUUUGAGGAUCAUCAUGUUGUUCCGGUCAUGGUUAUCUCGUGCUUCAAGAGCCACAGAGCUCGCAUACUUCAGGCACACCUUACGAAGAGCGAUCUUAUCAUCGGCAAAAGUCCACUAUACGACUUUAGCAGUCCCCAAAGCCGAGAGGAGAAUCUUCCGUUGUUGCUCGGUUACAUGGCGAGUGAGCUUGUUGGUACUACGAGGCUUGAAGAGGGCUCUCCUUCAUUGCUAUUAUAA